CCAAAAGUUCAGGCGUACAGCGCUCAGGCGCCUGUCGUCUUUCGUCUUUUGUCGCAUUUCGCACACGCGCACGCCGCGCGACCCGCGUCGCUCCGCGAGGGCAUGAGCCUUCCGCGAUUCGAACCCGCAGCCAAAAGCUGCUCGCUCGAACCGCGGCCGACUCCGCCAUCGCGGCCGCAGCUGUCAAGCUCUCCAGAAGACUGGCGCCUGAUAUGCUGCCUCCCUGCGGAUGCUGCCGGCGAGCCUGGCGGUCCGCUGUACUACAAGGAAGUGCUGACUCGAUUUCUACUCGAAUUCUUCUACCCCCACGACUCGGAACGCGAAUGUGACAGGACCAUCGGGUCCUUCAGCCUCCAAAGCGGGAUCACCCGAGAGCAGCUGAGCCUGCCUCUGGCCUCGCCUCCCUCUCCUUCAGGCAUUCGUGGCAUCCUAUGGGUCGUCCAGAGUAUCGACCUCUGGCUUGUCAGCCGGUCACUUGAUGACGACCAUGAAGUACAGCGAUCGCCACCUCGCUGGCCUCUCCGCAAGGCCUCCCGACCGCGUCGAACUCACGGCGCGGGCUCUCUCGGCUACGGGACCGGCCCCAGCUUCGGCUGAGGGCUAACAAGCUGCCGAGCCCAAAUCACUGUGAGAGUCGUGAUUUCUUGUUGGUUAAUAAAAAUCUCUCUC